CCUCUCUCUCUCUCUCUCUCCUCACCCGCUCUCGUAACUUCAGCUAGAUGAUGAAGACCGCCGAUAGCGCAGCCGCUAGAGAAGGAACUCAUGAGAUUUGUCGCUCCCGAAAUCACACGAAGGAGAUGUCGAUCUCUGUCACGGUCGCUCCGUCGCAAGGCCGAGGAGAUCGAGAACUCUUGAGGCGAUAGUGCUGUCACGGCUUUGCGACGGGCGAUCUUUGAUGGCCUUGCAGACGUUGGCGACGAAGCCACUUCACAGACGCAAUUGACGGCAAAGAGAUGGAGAGAGAGAGGGCCAGACUGAGGGAGGAGAGGAUUUUGAUCUUUUCAGAUCAAAAUUUUUGUUUAUUUAUGCAGGGGCAUAUUCAGAAUUUUGAUAGAGUGUAAAUCUAAAUGGGCAUAUCUCUCUAAGGGAAAAAGUUCAAAAUUCAGUUUUUACGUAAAAAGAAAGAAAGAAAAAAAAAAUUUAAAAUGCAGUUAGAGAGAGAUAGGCCGCUGGUAGUGAGUCUACAAGAAUUAGCUAGCUUGGCGGGAAUCAUGAUUGCCCGCCAUCACCAACCACCAAGCUGCCCCACUUCACAACCAACUAUAUUCGAUCGAACCUUCAAACCAAAGAGACUAAAACCUCCCAACCGCUUCCAUAGAUAUGACGUCCUUUUCACAACCCCAAUAUGCUUGCUCCUCAACUCUCCUCUGAACCACUUGUCUCUCAUUCUCAGUCGGGAAUCUCCUUUCCGCUUUGUCGGUGUUCGGAAUGGCAAAUUCGGGACACGGGUUUUUUGUUUCUCGCUUCCUUGUUGGGUUGUGUCUUGUGAGGUUUGUCUUAAUGUCCGAGAUUUUUGUGUCUGCUGCUGAUGAUGAUACUGGCCCUGUUGGUGGUUCUGGUGCUGCAGACACAGAGAUUUGCAAUAAUGAUCUGAGUAGUUUUCUGCCACCUCCUUACAGUAAUAUAACUAAUGUUAUUUGCAAGCCAGUUUGGAACACUUUUGUUUUGAGGUAUACACAGGAUGAAGACAAUGUCGUCAACAUUAUACUAUCUGCUGUAUAUACCACUGGAUGGGUGGGAAUGGGGUUCUCAAAGAAUGGUCUGAUGGUGGGGUCCAGUGCCAUUGUGGGAUGGAUCACAAAAAAGGGCCAAGCAAGAAUUAAGCAAUUCUAUUUGCAAGGUUCAAGGAAGUCCCAAGUCAUAGCAGACAAAGGAGAAUUGCCACUUACUGGUAUUCCUGCUACUGUUGUUCUCCACGGCCCUAGAAUUUACUUGGCAUUUCAGUUGAAAUUCGAAAACCGUCUCGCCCGCCAGCCGCUUAUCUUCGCUUUCGGAUUCACAUAUCCGAAGCACCUGCACCUAUCUCAACAUGAUGACAAAACAACCAUCAUGCUCGAUUUCUCCGCAGGUUCAGCAACUGCUGCACCAAGUAAUCUGGGCCAGAUGAAGAAGAAUCAUGGGAUACUGGCCAUAAUGGGAUGGGGUCUAAUACUUCCUUUUGGGGCAAUAGUUGCAAGAUACUUCAAACACAAGGAUCCUUUAUGGUACUAUCUUCAUUCAGUUAUUCAGUUUGCGGGGUUUGUCUUUGGACUUGCUGCAGUAGUACUUGGACAACAACUCUACAACAAAAUAGGGGCCCACUUUCACACACACAGAGGCAUUGGCAUCUUUAUUCUUGUUCUAAGCAUUCUUCAGAUAUUGGCAUUCUUUCUUCGGCCUAACAAGGAAGCGAAGAUUCGCAAGUACUGGAACUGGUACCACCAUUCUUUUGGAAGGAUUGCACUCUUUUUUGGAGCUUUAAACAUAUUGUUGGGCAUCCAGGUUGGAAAUGCUGGGGAUGAUUUGAAAAUAGGCUACGGAUUUCUUCUUGGUUUUGUUCUUAUCUCAGUCAUUGUUUUGGAAGUACUGAAAUGGAUGAAAAGGUCAGAGGAUACAAAAAUGGACAACCCAAACUUUCAGAUGAAUCCAGUACCAUGAACAUUUACCAAUACUUAGAUGUGAUAAGGACUUGUAUUGAUGCUGAAGUUUGCAUUUCUGACAAAUUGUAAGAAACAUCCCAGCUUGCAAUAGUGAAGAUUCUCAGAGAGGCCAUGUUUGUAUUGAAACACAUUCCAGAUCAUGUGAAGAUACUCUUUACUUGAGUUCCAUUAUGUGUGGCUGUUUUGAGUGUGGAUGAUAGAAAAACGACAACUGACUGGGUUUUUUGUUCAAGUUGAACGAUUUUAAUUUCAGUUUCCCCUUGGCCAAAGCUAACAGUUCCACUGCUCCUUUAUGAUGUCAUGAAAGAAUUUCUUUGCCGUCUCGACAUGUAAAUCCAUGUUCCUGGUUGGAUCAGCAUUUUGUAA